AUGUCUGCUACUAUGAACCGUAUCCUGGUGUUUGGGCCCGAAAACUACGACAAAAUCGGUUUUGUGAGAAGGCUCUUCCAGGUCGGCGAAAUUGGCGAGGAACAGAUUACGCGUGGAGACACCCCAAGGGACAAACAGGGAGGUCUCAUCAUCGAAGACCUUCCACUCCAAACCAAGUACUACAAGACGGAUGUCGGCGUGUUCAUUGAUGAGCCAGAAACGAACGAUCCGCAGAAUUACGUGCAAUGGAUCGAGGAGCUCUCCUCGGACGAGAUGAGCGAGUUGCGGGAGCAGAUCCAGCUGCUAUUUGUUCUCUUCCCAGGUUCCGACGGCUACGAAGAGUUCAUCUCCGGUCCGUUGGACAAGCUCAAUGCUCUCCUGGAUGCCGAACACUGUGAAACACACAAGGAAAGUUUGCAGUGGGACGGACAGAUCCUUGCCAUGGACACGGCGGAUGCCUCUCUUCUCGCCGAAGCCCAGAACGCGAUCCAAUGCGUCGUCUGGCGAAACAUAGAGCUACACGACGACGAUCACGACGUUUUCGGUGCCUUAACCACAAGACAACAUGGUAACGGCCAUCAUCAAGACUUGGCGAGAGACAUGGACCUGGAGCUCCGGCAUUUCGAACAAGACCUGAAGAUGAACCGCAUUGCCAAAGCUGCGUACUCGGUGAACCGAAGCCUUGUGAACACGAUCAAGUACGCCAAACAGGACCAGUUGUAUCUCCACCAGUUCAACGCGGGGCUGACGGCGGUGUCAUUCUCUCCAGACCACAACAAGACCCCCAUCGGCACGGUGCAGACCAGCGGUGCAGAGGAUAAGAACUUGGAGAACCUUGUUCUCUCUGUACGGAAUUUCAAGGAAAACAAGGAUUUCUUUCCCGUGUUGCACAAGGCGUUCUUCGAGAACGUGUACGACGACCAGACGUACAUUUUUGAUGCCAUGAACUAUCCGGGCUCGUUUAUGGCGAUCGGCGACUACAAGGUUGUAUUGGACUACAUGAACCAGCGGCCGGAGCUCGCAAACACUUUGGGGUUCGUGCAUGUGGACCCGGAGGGUGUCAUGGAGAGAGGCAGCUACGAGAAGAACGACAUGUACACGCUCUGCAACAUCGACGGGAUAGUAACCUUGUCGGAGAACAUGAACGAACAGCUACAGAAGUACCUCUGA